AUGCUCAGACCCCUCUGGUUCUAUAUAUUCUUUUUCUUUGCCCUAGCAUUCACCUUUCAUGCAGUUAAGAAGUUCUUUGUCCCACGUGAAGUCAUCGUUUUCCCCAGGCAAGGGCAAAACUUGGAAGUUGUACUAUGUCCAGUGUAUGAAUAUCAAUCAAAAGGACAAAUUGAAAGCCUUCCGAAGCAUGGCGCAGAAUGUUUCCCAUUGAGUGAUUGUGCACGUGAUAACUGGUGGGGCAAAGCCCUGGCAUGUCGAAUUCACGUCGAGCCGGCGUUUCGAGAAUAUUUCCUCAGCCAUUUGAUAAUGAUUUGUUUAUUUUUACUGGGCGUAAUGUUGGUGGUAUGCGCCUCGACUGUGAUCUACAAUAUGAAACGAAAGUACGGGAUUUCGAUAUCAGAUAUUGGGGCUGAUAUGCAGCCAAUGGUUGUAAUGAAGCAGACAGGACGGCCAGAGGUUCCUGUC